AUGGCCAAAUAUCGCAAAUUACUGGUACAAAAUCAUAGUCAUAUUGUAGAAACUGUUCAAGAUAAUUUUGAAGAAGAAUCAUCACAACUGGAACAUCUAAUUGACAAAUUACCAUUUGACGAUCCUAUUAUGGCAAUUGAUUAUAUUAUGAUUGACAAUGAAGUGGUUGAAGAAGAAACAGUAAUGGAAGAUGAAGAAAUCAUAGCUACAGUCACAUUGACAUCUAACAAUGUUGAUAUCGUAGAAGGCGAUUGA